AUGGAAUGUGUGGCGAUCCUUGCUGAUCUUCCUCCAGCCCUCGUAUCAGCAUGCUACCUUUUCGGAGUCCACUUCGGUCUGGAAUUCCAAAUCCGAGACGAUAUGCUCGAUGUCGAGAUGGACGUUGAAGGCAGCUCAGGAAGUCUCGGGAAACCAAAAGGAACAGACUUGCUCAACGGUCAAGCAACAGCACCGUUCCUUUUCGCAUGUGACGACGAUCCGUCCUUGUUACCCUUGGUGGAGCGCGGGUUUAAGGGGAAGGGAGAUGCAGAGAUGGCCUUAGAGGCAUUGCAGAGAAAUGGGAAAGCAUUACAACGAGCGAAACUGCUCGUGGGAUAUCACGCUUCUAAAGCGAUAGGCUGCUUACUCCAACUUCCCGACUGUGAUGCUCGACAAGCGUUGAUUGAUCUUACUAGCAGCUACGCUGCCCGUACUUCGUAG